GGGAGGCUUCAUCAAAAUCAGAAAACGGUCAAACUCUGCCCCACCCAUUCCAAUGCCUUCUUCUUUAUUACAAUCUAGAAAAUCUCCAUUAAAGCCCAACCCAAAGAUCUCGUUGUCUGCAUUUGCAUGCCCAGAACCAAACCAUUUCGUAUCCUCUGAUUGAAUCCAUUGACCCUUCUCCUCUGAUUUUCUGUUUCCAUGGCUUGUUUCUUGGGCUGCGUCCGCUUUGAUGGCUCGGUCAAGACGGCGACCAAGUUCGCGGACCAGGGAUGUGUUGGUUCGGCUGUGAGUGUGAGGAGUUAUAACUGGGAUGAGGUGGAGUCUGUUACGUCGAAUUUUGCUCGAGUGGUUGGCUCAGGUGGUUACAGCAGCGUUUACAUGGCUCGUUUGCCUGGCUCGGACAAACCCGCGGCUCUCAAGGUCCAUGUCGGGAGCCAUCGGCUCUACCAAGUUUUCAGAGCUGAGCUCGAUGUCUUGCUCCGUCUUCGUCAUCCCAACAUUGUCAAACUCCUUGGCUACUUUGACGAUUCGGAAGAAAACUGCGCUCUUCUGCUCGAAUACCUUCCCCAUGGAACCCUCCAAGAAAAUCUCCACUGCAACAGUAAGCAAGUCUUGCCAUGGAGGAACCGAACCGCCAUUGCCUUUCAACUCGCCCAAGCCAUAGAGCACAUGCACGACAAGUGCAGCCCGCAGAUCGUGCAUGGCGACGUUAAAUCCUCGAACGUUCUACUAGACAGAUGCUUCAACUGCAAGAUCUGUGAUUUCGGGUCAGCAAAGAUCGGGUUUUCCUCGAUGGUACAGCCUCCCGCCAUGUCGCCGAGAUCUAAACAUGUGACUGUGGUUGGUUCUCCAGGUUAUACAGACCCUCAUUACUUGAGAACAGGGAUCGCUUCCAAGAAAAUGGACAUGUACGGGUUCGGGGUCGUUGUUCUCGAGCUGGUGUCGGGAAAAGAGGCGUUUUCCGCGGAGAAUGGCGUUAUGUUGGUGCAUAUGGCCUCACCAUUGAUCCGUGAGGUUCUUGAUUCUGGUUCAGAUAAGGCAGAAGACAAGGUGCGCGAGUUCUUGGAUCCGAGGUUGUCGAGAGAGGGUCUUGACAUGGACGAGGUUAAGGCAAUGCUCGUAGUGGCUGCGUUAUGCCUUCGUAGUCCGCCUUCUCUCAGACCUUCGGCUUCACAAGUGGUGAAAAGCCUUGUCCGAAACAUUUCAUCUCUCUCUUACCUCAGUUGUGGUAAGGAGGUAAAUGAUAUAUAAGAGAUGGAUUCAUGUAACAGAGAUGAGGUAUUUGUAUUGCAUAUGUACAUUGGGUUAUACUUUACAAGAGCCAUUGAUGAACAA